UCCUGGUCGAUCGAUUCCCUCGAUUCAUGGCGCAGGAAGCACAGCAUGAGCCUGAUUCAAGGUUGAAGAUAAUUGAGCGCCCCGUGGAAGAUGGGGAUGAGGAGGAGAAGAACGGCGGCGGCGAUGCCGGUGAGGAGAAGAACGGCGGCCGAGGCGACACCGUAGAUGAGGUGGGCUGCGAAGACGACACGGAUGAGGAGGACAGCGAAGACGAGUUGAGGGGUUUUGAUGAGGAUGGCAACCCGUAUAAGCCAUUCAUCUGGCGUCGUCAACUACGAAUUUGCCCUGCAGGACCACAUUUUUCAAUGGAAGAAGCAGAAAAAAUAGUUGACUCUGUCUGGGAAAGGAACGAAAAGCUGCUCUCAGAAUGGUGUGAACUGGCUAACAACAACACAGUUCCUUUGCCUACGAUGCCUCUACGUGUUCUUCCAUCAGUAACCACAUACUGUGUUUCUGGACGUAACUGCUACCAUGUGCGGCAUUGGACUGGAGAUACUUCUGAAACUGCACCAGAUCAUCCGUAUUUCUGUCGUGUCCCGUGGUCGUCGGCGUAGCGCCGCCGGCAUGAGCACGGAACAGAGUUGUACCAGAAUUCAGCCAAAGGCAACCAGGCCUUCCAUUGACGAGGUUUAUCAUGAACUGAACAUCUCAGAUACAUUUCCAGACAUUGAUUUACUCGCUCCGUUUGGCCGUCCGUUUGGGGAUGGUAAGCCAUGCUCAUCAGCAAGUAUGUGCCAUGCAAUUUGAACAACUCUUUCCAGAAUUGGCUGAGGAAAAUCUUGUCACAGUCACUGACUAUGGAUUUAGGAAACCCAUGGAGCUUGAUCACCUGGUCUAACAGUAGUUUAGCAAUGGACUGAGCAGUAUAGGGAUGUUUCACUGGUAAGAAAUGUGCAUAUUUGGUUAACCUGUCCACUACCACAAGAAUCACUGAAAAGCCCUCAACCACCGGUAGCCCUUCUAUAAAGUCCAUAGACCAAUCCUGCCAAGCACCUGCAGGAAUUGGCAAUGGUUGAAGUAAUCCUGCUGGGUGAUCACGAGAGUGCUUAGCAUGCUGACAGAUUUCACACUGUUUCACAAAAUUUUCGACAUCUUGCUUAAGCCCUUUCCAAAAGAAAUGGUUCUUGACUCUGUAAUAGGUAGCCCGAAUUCCAGAAUGGCCUCCAACAGGACUAGCAUGUAGGGAAGCAAUGAUCUUGGUUUGAAGAGCAUAGUUGUGGCCAACCCAAAUUUUGCCCUUAUAUCUGAUAAUACCAUUGUGUAAAGAGUAACCAGAAGAAUCAGGGCUGUGCACAGAGAGUUGUGCAAGUAGUUGCUGAGACAUCAGAUCAGUCAUGUAAGAAUUGUAGACCUCCCGAAGCCACACUGGUUGAGAAGAAGACACAACUUGUAAUGCCAUUAAAUGACCCACUCGAGAUAGAGCAUCUGCCACUACAUUCUCUUUGCCUUGCCUAUAAACCACCUUGAAUUUGAGACCCAUUAAUCGAGUCAUGGCCUUUCUCUGCAUUUCAGAAUGCAAGUUCUGCUCAGUUAAGUAUGCCAGGCUUUUGUGAUCAGUUCUAAUCACAAAUUCUUGUAACUACAAAUAUGGAUGCCACUGUUCCACAGCCAUAAUCAGUGCAAGAAACUCCUUUUCAUAAAUGGAUAAGUGCUUAUGAGUUGGACCUAAAGCCUUGCUGCUCCUAUACCAGUGUCACAAGCAUCAGUCUCAACAAGAAACGGUGCAGAGAAAUCUGGGAGCCCCAAGACAGGAGUAACCAUGGCUUCCUUCAACUGAAUAAAAGCCUUUUGAGCAUCCUCAGUCCAUAAGAAUUGUUUCUUCUUCAGCAAAUUGGUCAGAGGACGAGCUAGCACCCCAUAAUUCUUGACAAAUCUUCUGUAAUAGCCCGUGAGACCCAAAAAACCACGCAACUCUGUAAUGGUUGUUGGAAUAGGCCACUUGUACAUUGCACUGGUCUUAGAAGGGUCAGUAGCUACACCCUGAUUAGAGAUAAUAUGACCCAAAUAUUCCAACUGGUGUUGUGCAAAAGAACAUUUGCUUCUUUUCAGAUACAACUGAUGUUCCCUCAACUUUUCCAACACUUGAGUGAGGUGAGUGACAUGAGAUUCCAAAGUGGGACUAUAAAUCAAGAUAUCAUCCAAGAAUACCAAUACAAAUUGUCUCAAGAAAGGGGCCAGAAUAUCAUUAAUGAGACAUUGAAAUGUAGCAUGUGCAUUAGUAAGGCCAAAAGGCAUCACUCUAAACUGAUAAUGCCCAUGAUGGGUUUUGAAAGAAGUUUUAUACUCAUCAGCCACCAGCAUUCUAAUUUGAUGAUAUCCAGCUCUCAUAUCCAGUUUAGUGAAAAAUUUGGCCCCAAACAGCUCAUCCAAUAUCUCCUCAAUAACAGUCAUAGGAAAUCUAUUCUUAAUGGUAAGAGGAUUAAGAUUUCUAUAGUCAACACAAAAUCUCCAGCUACCAUCUUUUUUUUGCACUAACAACACAGGUGAUGCAAAAGGACUAGAGCUAUGAGUUAUCAAUCCUGCUGAAAGUAAGGCUUUCACUUGAUUCUCAAUUUCAGUUUUGUGUGUUGGAGAAUAUUUGUAUGGCCUAGAAUUUACAGGAAUAGCAGCAGGAAGUAGAGGAAUGGUAUGAUCAUGUACCCUUGGUGGAGGCAGUGUCUUAGGCUCUUGGAAUAAAUCCUCAUAUUCUGUCAGCACUACCUGAACACAGUCUGGGAUAGGAGAAGGUGCAGCUUCAGUAAGAAUGUCCACCAGAGCAAAGGCCCACACAUCAUUCCCUUUACAACAUUUGACCAGCUGGUCUGAUGUCAUUGCUGUCAAUUGAAGUGGUGGAGAUGAAUGGCCUUGUAAUGUAAUGGUUUGGCCUCCAUUGUCAAAAGUGAGGGUUCUAGCUACCCAGUCACAAGUCAUAGGGAUAUGGGAUUUAAGCCAAUCAUAACCAAGGAUAGCAUCAUAUAUGUCCAGGUCCAACACUCUCAUAUCUGAAGUAAUGGUAUGUCCCUGACACCACCAGGCAAACUGAGGGAUCAUUCUGUCAGAUAUGAGCAACUCACCAUUUGGCAGCUUCACUGAAGUAGGGGUAGUGGGCACAGAAGACAAUCCCAGCUGCUGAACAAAAGUAGAACUGAGAAAACUGUGAGAACUGCCACUAUCUACUAACAACAGCAUUACUUUGUUCUGAACCAGAGCUCGAAGCUUUAUACACAUAGCAUCCUCAACAGCUAAUAGAGCAUUCAGAGACAAAUGACCAAACUGCUCAGCCAUACUAUCCUCGACAGCUAGUUGGGUGAGAAUAUCAUCUGCGAGUUGCACAUCAAGAUCAUUGAUUACUAGAGCAUUCAGCUGUGCUUUAGGUCGUUUCAGGCAUUUCUCAGCAUGUCUAGGCUCAAAUUUCUCAGCACAGUAGAAGCAUAACCCAUUGGCUUUGCUAUAAUCUCUUUCAUGCCUUUCCUUCCACAAAGUACUGGAUGGCAUUUGUUGUCUAGAAUCAUUUUUACCCCCAAACCGCUGAGACUUCCCUUGAUUAUAGGUCCUUUGAGCCUUCAAUUUUCCCCUGUCCAACAUCUUCUGCUGGAUUUUAGCAAGGAGGAUAGCCUUAGUAACCUUAUCUGGAAGCUGAUGCUGAACUGCAGGUUGUAUGUCCUCUUUCAAUCCUUUGAUAAACUGAGCCACAAAGAACAAUUCACCAUAGCCAGAAUUAUGCAUAGAAAUCUGAAAUUGCAAGGACUCAAAUUCUGCAGCAUACUCCUCCACUGUGCCUUUUUGUUUCAGCAUCAACAAUUCAUUCAACGCAUUUCUGUAAUCAUCUGAACCAAACUGGUCUUCUAGAGCCUGCAUAAAUUGAAGCCAAGUACCUGCUCCCCCAUUCUGCAAUUUGUACAUCUGAAACCACUGUGCAGCAUUAUCAUCUAGGUGUAGAGAUGCAGUAGUAACCCACAUGUAUUCAGGGACAUUGCAGAUAUGAAAAUAAUCCAUACACUUGUCCCUCCAAAUUUUGGGGUGAUGACCAUCAAAUCGGGGAAAUGAAAGCUUCGGAAUGUAAUUACGCCCACUGGAAUGAUCAUGAUGCAGACGACCAGACUGAAACGGGGGACGAUGGUGGCCGUUCUCACCAGAAGGACCUUGAUGUGGUGAAGGGGGUGGCCUCGUUGGUUCAAAACUGAUGGAAUCUGAAGUCAACUGAGCGACAGCUUGGCUUGUAGCGUCGACCUUGCGUGUGAGGGCCUCCUGUGCUUGACCAUAACCCUGCAACACCUCGGUAUGGUGGCCCAACUGAGCGCGGAUCUACUGCUGGUCGCGGCCGAUGUCGGUGACGCGCGUGAAGAGGAGAUCUAAGCUCUCUAUAACCUGAUCCCAGUGAGUGUCCUCCGCCUGGAUGUGCUCCUCCAUCCGGCCGAGAAUGAUCUGAGUCUGCACGGAGGGCUUAGGGGGCGCCGUGAUGACUGCACCGUAAGCAAAGCAACCACUGCUCGACUUGAGGAACCUCCAUGAGGCUGGAGCAAAGUCACUAAGCCGUCGGAGUACAGCAGUCACGUCGCGAAACCCACGCACAACACCGAAUCUCUCGAUGCCGCGCCCGUGAUGCAGACCACUUCAUCUCGCCGCCGCGGUGCUCGAAUCCACUACAGACCUAAGUGGCGCGAAAUCUGGAUGGUCGACGGCGCCGGAAUGGCUAACCGGCGAUUUGCGGUGGCCGCAAACGACGGUCGUCGGAAAGCGGGGUGGUGAACGCCGGAAUCACUUGAUUCGUGGCGGAGCGGGUCGAGCGCCGAAGAGACGGGCUGACCUGGAAGGAGUCGAGCGGCGGAACGGUAGCGACAGCGAGGAACGCCCGAAUCUGAUACCAACUGUCGUGUCCCGUGGUCGUCGGCGUAGCGCCGCCGGCGUGAGCAAUGAGCAGAGGGAAAUAGAGACAACAGAGUUGGCGUGGGGAGGGAGGAACCCUGACCCCCGAGACCAAAUUCGAUUUUUACUUUCAGAUUCAAGUCCCCCCUUCUCUUGUUACAUGGCAUGGGUAUACAUAUUCCCCAGAGGCCGGUACUGCCCAGUGGGCCCUCAUGACUCUCAUCUACGCCAACCGACUACACCACAUGCUAGUUCGAAUACGUAUUCAUGUGUCCGUGGCAUCGCACGUGACAAUUUCGUACCCGCUGAGAUGUUGCAAGUGUUCUCCCUUGGAUUAUCAAGCCCUCUCGCUCAUCCUAUUAAUAUUUAUGAGUCGUUUUCUGUUCGU